UGGCGGUUGCCUAGGCGACGAGUGGAGGCCUAGGAGGACGUCGAGGGCCCUGUUUGAAGUUUUCAACGCCCUUUAUGGAGAGGGCUUUGCCCUCGGCUGCGGAGGUGAGCGACGAGGGCUGAGGGAGGAGAACCGGGGCACAGCUACGCCGAGGGACUGACGCGCCUCGAUUCCGCUCCCGCUCCUAGACAUCCCAGGGUUCCACAGGAAGGGGCCUUGUUGUUGUGUUGCCUUCAAGUUCCCUCGCCUUCUCCUCUCCUGGGGCAUCCUGGGAAUUGUAGUCCGUUGUGGCCUCAGAGCUCUCUCUGCCAGAGAAGGGCUCAGUGCCUGACAAAAACUCCAUUUCCCAGGAUCCCCCAGGAGAGAGUCAAAGCCCCGAAUAGAUGUCUGUCUCUGCCGCGUCGAAAGCUCUCCUUCGCCGAAACAGGUGGAAGCGCCGCGAUGGAAGCCUUAGAAGAGGAGCGCUGCGGCAUCGCCAGUCCUUCGCUUUCUGAUGCUGAAUUUGACGCCGUCGUCGGGUCGUUGGAAGACAUCAUCAUCCAUGAUGACUUCCAGCUAAUACAAAGAAGCUUCAUGGAUAAAUACUACCAAGAGUUUGAUGAUACCGAGGAAAAUAAGCUAAUCUACACUCCUAUUUUUAAUGAAUACAUCUGUCUGGUUGAGAAAUAUAUUGAAGACAAGCUCUUGGACAGGUUUCCAGGUUUCAGCAUGUCUGCCUUCACCUUGUCACUACAGCAGCACAAGGAUGAAAUAGCUGAGGAUAUUUUCGACAUGCUUCUCACAUUUACAGACUUUUUGGAAUUUAAAGAAAUGUUUCUGAAUUACAGAGCUGAAAAAGAAGGACGAGGCCUGGACUCAAGUCGCGAGUUGAUGGUGAUUCCUUUAAGCAAACCUGCCAUGCCACCUUCCCAGAACAAUCUGCGGCACUAGUCUCUUUGUUCCAGAGCAUUGCCUACCUUUCAGAUAUUGCAAAGAGACAAGCACCAUGCCCAGGGUUAUAAGCCUAGUGACAUCUUGGCAAGUCUGACCUACUCAACGUCUUUUCUUAGGAAUUACUUUUUCCCCAUGAUCAGUGAGCAGUGUCACUUCAGCCCUGUUGCAGUAACGGUCUCUUAGGAUCUGGGCUCAUGCUGCUCCAGGGUUUUAUGUCAUGGAGUCUAGCAAAUGCAAUAAUUUUUAUUUGAGGGUAGCUGUUUCUUUGGUUUUGGUCCAGAAUUGGAAUGCAAGUGUUGAACUCACCUUGGGUUGGGAGGGCUUUCAUUGCUGAGCCUUUAUGAACUCUCAGAACCACAAGACGUCCGGAAAAAGGCUGUUAGUGUAGUUCCAAAUGCCACAUUUUGACCUUUUAACAAUUGUGUGUGUUUGACAGAAAUCUUUUACAAGAACAUGUCACUUGUCAGUUCACCAGUAAUUGUGAAUGUGUCUCCGUCAUCCACACACACACAGACCUGACUGUUAUUCUUUUAAUUUGACUUGAAAGGCCUCCACCUGAACUUCACGUUACUCUGGAAAUCUGUGUUUCCUUUCUCCUGGGAAGCCUCAUACCUAACAGUGUCGGUAACAGUUUGUCCUCUGUCAUGGACUGUAUUGUGUGCAUUGUCAGCAUAGUGAAACUUGGUGGUGAAACUUGAAAUCAGAAGCUUUCAUGGCUUCCAGGAUAUUUGGGGAAUGGUCAUUCAGAGAUGUUGAGAGUCUUCUCCUCCUCUCCCCCAUCCUGUUUUUUUGGUAAGGAUAGUAUCACAGCUCCCCAGGUCCCUUAAUGCUGGUUAAGCUGGUUUUUAGUUAGUGAUGUGAACAAUUCCCCUACAUUACAAUUUCAAUGUAGUUUUAACUGUUAAGAAUUCCCCCGUAUCCUUAAGAAUUGUUCCCCCCCCCCCCCCAAAUACUGUUGAAGCAGUCAGAUAUGUCCUGAGUGAUUAAAUUCAUUCUGAGCACCAAGUGUUUCCUCAGUGUUGGGAUUUCUGAGGUUUUGGUGUGUGGGGUUUUUUUUUAUUACACAGAAGACAUUUCCUUGCGUCAGUGUCUCUGUAGGCCUGCAUCUUUGCUAAACAAUUGGGAAACAUAUGCUGCUACAGCUUCAGUUGCACCUUCAACAAAGCAGCCUUCCUCCUUGGCUAUGCCAAAUCAGCUGAUAAUGUGUGCCAGUGGUAUUGCACAUGUCCACAACCCAAAUCUUGCUUGCCCUGAUGGAAAUCCUGGUAAGAAAAGUGUGAUGACUGCUGCCCUCUUGACCUGGUCCUGUCUUUACUAGAAGUAGGUGAGACAACAGUAAGAAUGUCUAGAUAUAUUCCAGUCCCUCCUAAAGUCAGCCAUAGAUACCUAAGGAGGAUUUCCCCCCCUAAAAGUGCACAACAAUUACUCUGUUAGUGGAGCUUUUAAGCUUUACUUCACCCACCGCCACAGAUAAACCAGUGUUACAGACAUUUUACCUUGAUGUUUGUGUGAUACACAGUAGUAUGUGCUUAGAAAUCCUUGGUUUGGAGCGCAUGUUGCCAAGAUAAAGGAGUGUGAUGUGGAAUCGGGGUUUUUAUGUUCACUGUUUUUGUGGUGUUUUUCUUUCCCUUUGCGGAUUGUGUUUGGCAGCUCAAACUGGAAUUGUGAGAAUGAUACACUGCAAUAAGUACCCACUGUAGUUUUUUUCUAUGGUCAACAUUCAUUCAGUGUUCAUACGCAGUGAGGAAAAUCCCUUUCUCUUUGGAGGCACUACUCUGUCCCUGUUUGGUCUUGCUCUGGUUGAAAUUAGCAAGUACAUUAAUGUGUUUUCAGACAGUGCUGGCAAAGCAUGCUAAAUCUGUUAAGAACAGUAUUUGUCUUGGUAUUGUUUAAAAUCCAAUCUCAGUCCUUCAUAUCAGCAAAUGAAUAAUAAAGAGUGGAAUGCA